GACAAAAACGCUACAGAAGCAUCUAAUCAUUGUAAAUGUCGUUUUUAAGAAUAAAAAAGACAUAUCUUUCGUUAAAAAAAAAUAUAUAUAUAAGAUAUUUUUCUAAAAAGCGUAUUGUAUAGCUUAUAUCUUCUUUUUUAGUUCAAGUUUAGUUUGAAACCGGAUGGAUAUUUGUAGUUAUGUUUGGUCCGGGGUUGGGUACGUACGACAUGUGGCAUGGACUUAUUGGUUAGGAAAAGGUAAGCUUAGAGAUGAUGGGUCGAGAAAGAAGCUGUCAUAGUGUUACAUACGUCCGUGGCUUCCCCAUAUCUCACGUGCAUACAGAUAACGUAAUCACCAAUUUGUAAGUCCCCACCUUUUUUAUCUACGUGGCUUUGCCACAUCAUCCUAACCGACGGAUUUUAUCAGAUAGGAAAGUUCUUAAAACAGAGAAAGCCUUUUUUUUUGUGUCACCAAUCACUGGUUCUGUAGUUCUCUCCUCGGGACGAAUCUCUUUUAUUAUGUUAUGAAAAAAAAAUGGAAAGAGUAUGCGAGUUUUGUAAAGCGUAUAGAGCAGUGGUUUAUUGUAUAGCCGAUGCAGCGAGUCUUUGUUUGACAUGUGAUGCAAAGGUUCAUUCAGCUAAUUCACUAUCUGGACGACAUUUACGAACGGUUUUAUGUGAUUCUUGUAAGGACCAGCCUUGUGUUGUUCGAUGUUUUGACCAUAGAAUGUUUCUUUGCCAUGGAUGUAACGAUAAGUUCCAUGGUGGUGGUGGUGUCUCUUCUGAGCAUCAUAGAAGGGAUGAUGUGGCGUGUUACACCGGGUGUCCUCGUGCUAGAGAUUUCGCGGUUAUGUGGGGUUUUCGAGUUAUGGAUGAUGAUGGUUCGUUAGAGGAAUCUUUACGAAUGGUUAAACCUAAGGGACGAUCCGAGAUGAAAAAGGUGCAAAGAGAAGCUGGUUUUGUCUUGGAACAGAUUCUUGAAUUGGAGAAACUUCAGCUCAAGGAAGAGAAUGAUGGUUUGUCUUUGAUAGAACGAGCUGAUCCUUCUCCAUUGGAGCUUCCCAAGAAAUCUGAAGAGUGGUUAAAUGAUCUUCCGCAGAACGGAAAAGAGCUGAUUGUUGACUUUUCACACUUGUCCUCGUCUUCUACACUUGGUGAUUCCUUUUGGGAAUGCAAAAGUCCAUAUAAUAAGAACAAUCAGUUGUGGCAUCAAAACCUACAAGACAUUGGAGUUUGUGAAGAGACCGUUUGCGAUGAUGAUGACUUCCAUAUACCUGACAUUGAUAUCACUUUCAGAAACUUUGAUGAAGAGCAAUUUGGAGCUGAUCCUGAGCCGAUUGCAGACAGUAACAACAUGUUCUUUGUUUCUUCCUUAGACAAGCCAAGAGAGAUGAAGACAUUUUCUUCUUCAUUCAAUAAUCCCAUAUUUGCACCUACACCAGCUUCAUCAUCUAUCUCAUUCUCAAAUAGCCAAACCGACUACCCUCACAACCACUCAGAGCAAGUAAUCUCAUUUUGUUCCCCUCUCUCUAACAAUGCACGUCAAAAGGCCAUCUCAAGGCUCAAGAUGAAGAAGAGAGCACGAGCGGAGGAGAAAUGAGCUUAGUAUAUCUUAAACCUUUCAUAAUCUGGAUUCAGGGAGGAGAAAUGAGCUUAGUAUAUCUUAAACCUUUCAUAAUCUGGAUUCAGGGAGGAGAAAUGAGCUUAGUAUAUCUUAAACCUUUCAUAAUCUGGAUUCAGGGAGGAGAAAUGAGCUUAGUAUGGUUCCCAAGACAACGCAUAGCUACUGGAUUUGUACCAUGCCCUUUUGUACAUAAGACUCACUAAUCUACCAUUUCAUCUAUGAUCUAUUUUUAAUUUUUACAUGACUCAGUUUCUUGCAUGUAACUGUGUAUCUGAAACUGAUUAUUUUGCUUCAACAUUUACUUUGUUAAUCACA